UUUUUAAAACGCUCUUCACAAAGUGCUUUACAGGCAAAGCCGAGAAGAAUGUUUUCACUAGCUCGACCACAAAAGUGGACCGCUAGAUCCUAAUUGAGCAAGAACUAAGGGAAUGCUUGGAGGAUAUUAGAUAAAAGGGAGCCUGUAAAAGUGAGUUUUGAGCAGAGGUUUAAAGUUGGAGUGAACAUGUGUUUGGGAUCUCCUCUGACAGAGUGUUCCAGUGUGAAGGAGCCCAGACAGAAGAGGCUCACUCUCCUCUAGAUUGAAGUCUCAACCAGCAGAGACCCAGCUGAGGAUCUGAGGGUUCUGGCUUGUAGAGGGUCAGCAACUCUACAGUGCAUUCAGGGGCCUGGCCAAGACCUGCUUUAAAAGGAGGAAGGACAACGACUCCAUACUGACACCUAGUGGAGCUCAGGCAGUACUGAGCAACAGUGAAAAUACUUUCUACAGAUUUUUUCAAGUUAUUGAACCACAAAUAAGGGGCACAAUCCUAUGGAUUUAUUGAAGAGUUAACGACAGACAAAGAAAUGGAUGUGAAUAUUACACACACCACAACGACCCCUGGUUUCAACGCCUCCUUGACAACCCAGCAAAGGAAAUCCAUCUCCCACAACUGGGAGUUCCUGGUGGCAGUUCUGGCCUCGGCCAUCUCCGUCUCCAUCCUCAUCACUCUGAUGGCUAAAUGUCACAUGUUCCGUCGCUACCUGGCGAGCUACAGACACACAAGGCUGAGGGAGGCAGACACCGUGAGCCAGUGUGAUCAGUCAGGUCUGGAGGUGGAGUUUUCCGUGAGCAGAGGACAAGUCAUCGACCCUCACCACACCCACGUUGGAGAGGAGGACGAUGACGGCUUUAUCGAGGACAACUACAUCCCGGCCAGUGAGAGGGCUCGGGCGGAGAGAGCGGCCGAAAAAAUGGAGGACUCUGAAGACACUGAGGAGGAGAUGGAAGAGAUUGAGUUCAGCAUCACUUAGAUGGACAUGAAUCUGAAUACCACCUGCACCACUCCAUUGUUCUGAUGCAAAAGUGAAGUAGAGUUCAUCCUAUUUUGUUGAAAUGAUUUCAUUCAUCUGACUGGCCUCAGUGUUCCUCAUGUCAACUGAAGAAAACGUCUUUAUGAUUGAAUGUCUGGACCUCUUUGCUUUUGCUGCUGCCUCCUUGACUUACCCUUUUACUGAACUGAAUCUUGAUCGUACUACUUGAUCGUAGUCCAAAACGAGUGCAGUUUGUGUUCUUUUUUUAUUUUCUUAACUUUAUACAUGUAGAAAUUAAGACUGGACUACUUGGAAUGUCUGAUUUAAAAAAUAAACCCAUAAUAAUAUGUAAAUUUAAAACAAAAAUGUGAAAUACAAGGUGAAAUGUGUCAUGG